CUCACCUUACCACUUCCAACAGCACCAACAUCAAAGCACAGCACAACCAUAACAUUCUAGUGUCUAGUGCUAGUGACUAACUGUAUGUGUACCGGGCACCUGUUAAAUACGGUUGUGAGCUGUUCAUGCGAUGCGUUAUUUAAACAAUUGAUUUUUACCUUUUAUCGUAUAGUUUUAAGUGUUGAGCCGCCGAUAUGUCGCACCCCAAAGCUCGACUGUGCCACAUACAAAAGUGGGACCACUUCGACGGCUACGGUUUCAACCUGCACGCAGAAAAGGGUAAACCAGGCCAGUAUAUAGGAAAAGUAGACGAAGGAUCUCCGUCCGAGGCGGCUGGUUUGAGGCAAGGCGACCGCAUCUUGGAAGUCAACGGAGAAAGUAUUGCCAACAAAACACACAAACAAGUUGUGGAACUCAUCAAGGCUGAAAACGGCGAAACGAAACUUCUCGUCAUUGACCCUGAGGACGACGGGAUUAUUCCCACCGAAGUAGAGAAGAAUUCUGAAAAACAGAACGACCACCCCAAGAAAGACAAGGAACAGGACAACGGCCAGCUCAACCUGAGUAUGACGGCUGCUGAACUUCGAGCUAAACUGGCAGCUAGAAAAAAGUUCGACCCAAAGAAAGAAGCCAUGGAUUUUAAGCAAAAGUUCGAUAUCGUACAAAAACUGUAACAGUGCAACGUUUUUCACACAUGAAAACUUAUUUAAAUAUCUGCAGAUUUCCAUUCGUGCUAGUGACCUUGUCUGUUCAGCACAUAGGUGUUACAUAAAUCAUUGUGGUACUGCUAAGUGAUGCGGAACUAACACUACUAUAUCUUAAUUUAAAAAAAUAUAUAUUCGAAAAAUCUAGUAUGUACCAUAAUUUUUGAGAUUAUCGUAAAUAUUUCGUGUUUAAAACACGUUUUAAGGCUUAAAUUAUUCAGGUGGUAUGACUAAAUACGUCCACAUCGCAAUUUGUAUUUUGUGUAGGUACUUGGUUGGUAGUUACAAGAACAGGUCCAAGCAAAACCUGUCGAAAAUUCCUUAACUAAUUAUAAUUUUUCCUUGUUUUAUAAUCCGCAAUUUUAAGUUUUAAAGUGUAAAAAUUUGGCAUGCAUGUUUAACAGAGAUGUGUUCUUUCACGCCUACCUAUGUAUAAAUAAUACAUAAUACAUGCCAAACAAUUUUUAAAUUCAACUAUGCCUCGUUUUAUCAUAUUUAUUGCCCAAAAAUUAGACAUGUAUAUUUGUGUCUAUAAACGCAGGAUUUUUUGACUGAUGAUAAAAGAUGUAAUUCAACAUAAUUUUGUGUUAAACAUUCCAUAUUAGGUAAACUAGUUAAAACCAAAAAAAUAAUCGCAGGACUUAUAUCACUUGUUGAAACGCAAAAAUAAAUAAUAUUUAUCAAAAGAAGUGGAAAAAAGGGUAGGAAUAUGGCAUCAUGUUAAAAAUCAUCAAAAAACCGAUAUUAAUUUAUGUCUAAAAAUAUGAUUUUAAAAUAUUGUGUAAUGAGGUUUAGUGUAUAUCGCAUUUGUUUUAUUUUUUAUUGUUUUUGUGAUUUCAGAUUUUUAACAGUUUCUGUUAAAUCACGGUUGUUAUCUUAUAUGUAUUCGCAAAAUGCAAAAAAAUUGGGGAACGCAAGCAUGACUAAUGUUUUCAGACGCAUGGUUCUGACCAAAGCUAUAGUUCUGUUAUCGGAAAUUGAGAGAUAAUGUAAUCAUAAAGUUUUUUGUCGUUAUGAAUUUAAUAAUAACAGCGUUUAACCAAACUAUAUACAAUGAAAACGGCUAUUAAAAUUUUGGUCAGUACGUGCAGUUGUAAGAAAAUUUUUGUGGUUAUUUAGCACACAUUGUUUUCUUACCGCUACCUAUACGUGACGCCAUAUUGUCAAAAAAGCAACAAUAUUUAUAAUAAGUGUGUAUUCAACGCAUAUUCGAUGAUUCUAUUUUUGUAAAAUAUGUUAUAUAAAAAUGAAAUAAAUUUUUUAAAUUUA